AUGUGGUCAUGGUGGAAGGACGUUCGGCUUCGCACCCUCGUUCUAGUCAACAUCGCCGCGAUUGUAGAGAGGGCAGACGAGGCGCUUCUUCCUGCUGUUUAUAACGAGGUGGGGCAGGCCUUUCACGCGUCCCCGCAGGCCCUGGGCACUCUCACGCUCGUGCGCGCGCUCGUGCAGGCCUUAACCUGCCCGCUCGCCCCAUGGCUGGCGCACUGGAUGGCUCGAGUGAAAGUGAUCUCAGUGGGUGCGUUCACAUGGGCCAUCGCCACUCUGGGCGUUGGGGUCGCCACAAACUAUUAUGAGGUGGCGGCAUGGAGGGGUUUGAAUGGAGUCGGGCUAGCCCUAGUCAUCCCAGCCAUCCAGUCGCUCGUCGCCGAUUCAGCCAGCAACAGCACGAGGGGCAUGGCGUUCGGCUGGCUGCAGUUCGUGACCAACUUUGGCAACAUCCUCGGCUUCACCCUCGGCAUCUCCCUCGCCUGCUACACCUUCUUUGGGCUAGCCGGCUGGCGCAUGGCUUUCAUUAUCGUGACGGUUGUCAGCCUGGGUUUGGCGGCCGUGCUGUGGCUCUUCGCACACGACCCCCCUCCCACCACAGUCAAGUCAGUCGACGCGUUGGCUGCUCUUGCCGAUGAGCCCGGCGCACAAGAGGAGCGCACUGUAGAACCGUUGCUGUCUGAAGACCACAGCCUACACUUGAAGCAACAGCAGCAGCAUCACCAGCACCAGCAGGAGCAGGUGCAGCAGCAGCAACAGUCUCAAGUCAACGAAUCAACCCCACUCCACUCCACCUCCCACCACCGCAUCUCCGCCUCCUCCCCAUCCCACUCUCCCCACUCCCAUCCCCACCCCUCCCCACUCCCUCCCACCCCCCUCUCCUCCCCUCCCUCCUCCACAUUCCUCUCAGACGUGCUCAAAGUCCUCCGAAUUCGAACCUUCCAGCUGAUCAUAGCCCAGGGGGUCGUGGGCUCAUUCCCCUGGGCAGCAGGCGCAUUCUUCCCCAUGUGGUUCGAGCUCCUCGGCUUCUCCCACGCCUCCACUGCAGUUCUCCUCUCUGUGUUCACUGUCGCGUGCAGCCUGGGGGGCCUGUUCGGCGGGUGGUUUGGGGAUGUGAUGGCUAGAAGGUGGCCGGAUGGAGGGAGGCUGGUGUGUGCGCAGAUCAGUGCUGGUUCGGCGGUGGUGCUGUCGACGGUGCUGCUGAGAGUAGUGCCGCAUUCGCCUGAUUAUUUUGGGGUGUACAUUAUGGUGUUAACCCUCAUGGGGUUUCUUAUCUCAUGGAAUGCUGCGGGCACCAACAACCCCAUAUUCGCAGAGAUUGUCCCCGAGAGACUCCGCACGGACAUAUACGCUCUCGACCGAACCUUUGAAAUGUCCAUAGCAGCCUUUGCCCCCCCCACUGUGGGCUACCUCGCCCAGGCUUGGUUCGGGUACAUUCCACCCUCGCCCAAACCUGCCGAUGCCACUGCUUUGGGCGGUGAUAGUGGGAAUGGUGUUAGCAGCAGUAGCUCGUGCAGCCGCGGCAGCAGGAGCCACGCAGAAAUGGCAGCAGAUGCGAAAAAUGCUGAGGCAUUGUCCCUGGGUUUGUUUUGGACUAUGGCGGUGCCGUUUGCAAUUUGCUGUGCGUGCUAUGGGUGGUUAUAUUGGACAUAUCCCAAGGACCGGGACCGCGUUCGGGCCGAAGCUGCGGCUGAGGCUCGGGAAGAGAGGUUAGGUGGAGUUGGGGAAGGUAGUGGGGAGGGAAGGCACUACCGCGACCAUCUGCUCGGGCUGAACGCCUUUCAGCGACACCAAAAGUUCGUCCAUGACUAUGUGCAUUUCUACAGCCGCUCGGCAUCCUCCAGCGCUGCACCCACAUUCAAGACGGACCUGGACGUUCUCAGGGAGAGCUACAGGUUCAUUCGGUCAGAGGCGGAUGAUGCAGAGGGCACGUGGGAGCAGAGGCUCGCCAAGCGAUACUAUGAUAAGCUGUUCAAGGAGUAUUGUGUUGCGGACAUGAGCCGUUACAAGGAGAACAAGGUAGUCUGUCAGUUUGUGUGUGGCACUAAAGGGUGUGACAAUAGAGAAGGCCUUCAUAGCUACGAGGCAAGUCAUACAGAAGCAUUGUCAGCCUUAAAAUACUUUUUUGCUCCUCCUCCUCUCCCCAUCCGCCCGCUCAAUACACGGCCUCUGUGUUCCAAAGACAGCAACAGUUUCUCGAGCAGCAGCCACAGCCAGAGUGAUACUAGUGGUAGUGGUGAUCGUAGUAAUUCUAGUGAUUUCAGUGACACUAGCGGCAGCAAGAGGGGUGCAGCAGAGAGCGAUAGCGAUGAAGGUAACAAUGCAAAGAGGCAUAAGAGGGGAAGGAGCGAGAGGGCAAGGAAGAAGGAAUGCACAGGAAGGGAGGAGAGGCACGAUGCAAGGGAGAAGGAGGAAGCUAAGCUUAGGAAGGAGAAGCAGGAGCACGAGUGUGGAAAAAGAGGGGGAAGCACGGCUGGUGGGGCAGGCAGGAUAAGCAGGGAGAGUGGGGCAGGUGGGGCAUGUGAAGGGACAGAGGCAAGAAUGGAUGGGGGGGUACGUGGAGCGGCGGGUAUUGGCAAAUCAGCAGGAAGUGGACCGUCCGCCUUUAAAUCUCGCCGGGAAUUCCGCUUCUGCAUCGAUCGCGGCGGCACAUUCACCGACAUUUACGCCGAGGUUCCCGGCGACCCGCCCUUCCGUGUAGUCAAACUUCUUUCCGAGGACCCUCUUAACUACGAUGACGCGCCUCGGGAAGGUAUUCGCCGGAUCCUCGAAGAGGUAACGGGCGAGAAGAUUCCGCGAAACGCGCCGCUUCCUACGGAGCGAAUCGACUGGAUCCGCAUGGGGACGACCGUCGCGACGAACGCGCUGCUGGAGCGCGCCGGCGAGCGGACGGCUCUCUGCGUGACACGUGGCUUUCCGGAUCUGCUGCGGAUCGGCAACCAGGCGCGGCCGCGCAUCUUCGAUCUGACGGCUCGGCGCGCUUCACUGCUGUACGAAGAGGUGGUGGAGGUGGAGGAGCGCGCGCAGGUGCUGCCGGGGGAAGAGGCGCAGGGGGAGGGCCGGGGGAAGGGGGAUGGUGAGGCGGAAGGCGGGGGCAAGGGGGAGGUGGGUCUGGUGGAUGGUGGGGAUGAAGCGGGGAAGCGCACGGUGCGCGGAGUUUCGGGGGAGCUGGUGCGCGUGCUAGUGCCGCUUAACAUCGAGAAGACUCGAGCCGCGCUGGAGAAGGUGUUGGCACGUGGCAUCAAGUCAUUGGCCAUCGCGUUCCUCCACUCUUACACGUUCCCGGACCACGAACGCGCUGUGGCGGCUUUAGCGCGGGAGAUGGGCUUUAAUCAGGUCUCUGCGUCGAGCGAUCUCGUUCCAAUGGUCAGGAUUGUGCCACGUGGACACACUGCCUGCGUGGACGCCUAUCUGACCCCCGCUAUACGCACCUAUGUGGGGAAGUUUUUAGCGGGGUUUGACUCGGGUCUUGCUGACGUGGCAGUGUCGUUUAUGCGGUCGGACGGAGGGUUGACUCCGGCCCAAGCCUUCACGGGUUACCAAGCCAUCCUGUCAGGUCCAGCAGGAGGUGUGGUUGGAUUCGCCCGAACCACAUUCGAGUUCGAGGUUCGGGAAAUGGAAGGUCUGGAAGGACUUCUGUCAGACGUCAGCAGCAGCAAAGAAAACAACCAAAACGAUAAGGAGAAGACAAAAGACGAUUCUAUUGGUGCUGGUACAGCAGCAGAGGGAGUGCUGAGGUGUCGUCCCGUGAUUGGCUUUGACAUGGGCGGCACAUCCACUGACGUGUCAAGAUACGCAGGGGGCGCAUACGAGCAGGUUUUAGAAACCACCACAGCCGGAAUCACCAUCCAAGCCCCCCAGCUGGACAUAAACACUGUAGCAGCGGGCGGCGGCUCUCGUCUUUUCUUCGAGUCGGGCAUGUUACGUGUGGGGCCCGCAUCAGUAGGGGCCCAUCCCGGCCCGGUCUGCUACAGAAAAGGCGGGCAGCUAGCAGUGACAGAUGCCAACCUGCUAUUGGGCCGCGUGCUGCCCGAAUAUUUUCCCGCCAUUUUCGGGCCGAACGAGGACCUCCCAUUGGACGAGCAGGCGGCGAGGGAGGCAAUGGCUGAGCUGGCAAAAGAAGUGAACCGCGGGAUGGGUGGGGAGGGAGGUGAGGGGGACAAGGAGGGGGAGGGGGGUGAGGAGUCAGGGCAAGACCGAAUGUCAGUAGAAGAGGUGGCGAUGGGGUUCAUCCGCGUGGCAAACGAGGCCAUGUGCCGGCCAAUCAGAGAGCUCACAGAGGCUCGGGGCCACGAGACCAGCUCGCACGUGCUUGCUUGCUUCGGCGGCGCCGGGCCUCAACACGCAUGCGCCAUAGCCCGCUCUCUUGGGAUCUCCACAGUUUUUGUGCAUCGGCUGUGCGGGAUUCUGAGUGCGUACGGCAUGGGGUUGGCGGAUCGGGUGGUUGAGAUGCAGGAGCCUGCUGCUGAGGUGUGCUCCAAUGAGAGCCUGCCACGUGUGCUGGCGCGGGCGGCAAGGAUGGAGGAGGAAGUGAGGGCGGGGUUGUGUGGCCGGGGGAGUGGGGAGGGGGGUGGGAGUGAGGGAGAAGGAGAGGGAGAAAAAGGAAAGGGGGGGGAAGCAGGGGGAGGAAAAGGAGAAGGAAAAGGAGAGAGAGGAGAGGGAGGGGAGGGGAGAAGGGAGGGUGGGGAGGAGGCAGGGGUGUGGACGCAGGUGCUGCUGAACCUUCGUUAUGACGGCACCGACACUGCCCUCAUGGUCGAAGCACCACCCACACACACUCUCUCCGCCACCACUCCCUCAUCCACCUCUUCCCCAUCCACCAACCUCCACACCUCCCACCCAGCAGCGUCGUUUGACUUCCUGGGGGCGUUCAAGCGGCGCUUCGAGCGCGAGUUCGGAUUCGACCUGCAGGGCGAUCGGCGCGUGUUGAUCGAUGACAUCCGAGUCAAGGGCGUGGCUCCUUCAGGCGUGCUGCAGCAGACCGCCAUUCCCAGGGCUGGCGCAAGUGAAGAGGUGGCAGGAGGUUUGGUGGCAGCAGGGACGGCAGAGGCGGAGGCAGUGCAGCAUCGGGUGUACUUUGAAGGCGGGUGGCGGGAUACGGCAGUAUUCCGGCUGGAGAAGCUGCGGUGGGGGCAUGUGGUGGCGGGGCCGGCGGUGAUUCUGAAUGAGACGAGCACUGUGGUGGUUGAGCCGGGAUGCACUGCUGGGAUCACCAAGUAUGGCAAUAUCGUCAUUGCUGUGAGCCACACGGCACAUCAAAGUGAUGUGGAGGGAGCAGCAGAAGCAGCAGCCGCAUCAGCAGCAGGAGCAGGAGCAGGAGCAGUAGCAGCGGCAGCAGCAGCAGCAGGAGGAGGAGCAGCAGCAGCACCCCUAUCAACACCAGCCAUCCCUCCUUCCCCCGCAGUCCCCUGGGACGUGGUGCGGCUGUCCAUAUUCGGCAAUCGCUUCAUGGGCAUCGCGGAGCAGAUGGGGCGGACGCUGCAGCGCACCGCCAUCUCCACCAACAUCAAGGAGCGCCUCGACUUCUCCUGCGCCCUCUUCUCCCCGGAUGGGGGCCUAGUGGCCAACGCUCCCCACGUGCCUGUGCAUCUGGGGGCUAUGUCGGAUACAGUGCGGUGGCAGCUGGAGUAUUGGGGGAGAGGGGCGGGGGUGGCUGAGGGCGGGUUGCAGGAAGGGGAUGUGCUUGUAACGAAUCAUCCCUGUGCUGGGGGGAGUCACCUGCCGGAUAUCACUGUAGUCACGCCGGUGUUUCGCGAGGGUAGGAUUAUAUUUUUUGUCGCGAGCCGGGGGCAUCAUUCGGAGAUCGGGGGAAGUACCCCUGGGAGCAUGCCGCCGUUUUCGCGGAGUAUUUGGGAGGAAGGAGCUGCAAUUAGAACGAUGAAAUUGGUGAAGGGAGGGGUUUUCCAGGAAGAGGCGAUUCGAGCGGUGCUGCUGGAGGGGCAGGUGUUGGAAGGGGUGAUGGCAGGUGGAGCGGGUUUGAGUGGGGACGGACAGGGCGGUGGGAAAACAGUGCGGCGUGUGCCAGGCACACGCCGCAUCGAGGAUAACCUAUCAGAUCUACGCGCACAGGUGGCGGCGAAUCAGCGGGGAAUCGAGCUGAUAGGGGAGCUUGUGGAGGAGUGUGGGCUGGAAACGGUGCUGGCUUAUAUGGGGUACGUGCAGGUGAAUGCGGAGCAGGUGGUGCGACGCAUGCUCACCUGCACUGCCUUGAAACACCUGGAGAGCCAGAACCAGGCGUCUCAGGAGCAGCAGCAAGCAUCUCAUGAGCAGCAGCAGUCUUCCCAGGAGGCUUCGCAGGACCAGCAGGGAGCAGCUGACAAUGCCUUACCUACUAAGGUUGAUGCUGGGCGUGAUGCUGAUGCUGAUGCAGAUGGGAAGCAGGUAGUGGUGCUGCAGGGAGAGGACCGCAUGGACGACGGCUCCUUGAUCCGCCUGCGCAUCUCCAUCCACCCGGCCUCCGGCUCAGCCCACUUCGACUUCACAGGCACCAGCCCCGAGGUGUACGGCAACUGGAACGCUCCCACUGCCGUCACCACCGCUGCUAUCAUCUACUGUCUGCGCUGCCUGGUGGACUCGGAUAUUCCCCUCAACCAGGGGUGCUUGGCACCUGUAAGGAUCACUCUCCCGCUGCAUUCGCUGCUCUCGCCGAGCGAUGCUGCUGCUGUUGUGGGUGGCAACGUGCUGACGUCGCAGCGGGUGACGGAUAUUAUUCUCUCCACGUUUGCUGCGGCGGCGAACUCGCAGGGGUGUAUGAACAACCUCACGUUUGGCGACGGGACGUUUGGGUAUUAUGAGACGAUUGCGGGCGGGGUGGGGGCGGGGCCGACAUGGCAGGGAGAAGACGGGGUGCAGAGCCACAUGACCAACACCAGAAUCACCGAUCCUGAGGUGCUAGAGAGACGCUACCCGGUGCUUCUGAGGAGGUUCCGGCUGCGGCAGGGGAGUGGCGGGAGUGGGGAGAGGCGAGGCGGGCAUGGGGUGGAACGGGAGGUGGAGUUCCUGCGGCCUGCGACUGUUAGUAUGCUGUCCGAGAGACGGGUUUUGGCGCCGAAUGGGGGUGUGGGGGGCGGGUGUGGUGCGCGGGGGUUGAAUCUGCUGCGGAUCGCGCGGGACGGGAGGGUGGUGAAUUUGGGGGGGAAGGCGAGUGUGGGGGUGGAGAGGGGGGAUACGUUGCUGGUGUGUACACCAGGGGGAGGAGGGUGGGGGGUGGGUGGUGUAGGGGGGUAUGUGCCUAGUGCAGAGGCGAGCUGGCCUAAAUUCAGCUGUGAGGAGCAAGGAUGCUCGCUGGCCAGCACCGCACAGGGCCCACCGGUCCUCCUCCCCCCUGGGGAGCUCGCUGGCCAGCAACACACAGGACCCACCGGUCCUCCUCCCCCCUGGGGAGCUCGCUGGCCAGCACCGCACAGGACCCACCGGUCCUCCUCCCUCCUGGGGAGCUCGCUGGCCAGCACCGCACAAGACCCACCGGUCCUCCUCCCCACUGGGGAUCUCGCUGGCCAGCACCGCACAGGACCCACCGGUCCUCCUCCCCCGGUGGGUCCUCCUCCCCCCUGGGGAGCUCGCUGGCCAGCACCGCACAGGACCCACCGGUCCUCCUCCCCCCUGGGGAGCUCGCUGGCUAGCACCGCACAGGACCCACCGGUCCUCCUCCCCCCUGGGGAGCUCGCUGGCCAGCACCGCACAGGACCCACCGGUCCUCCUCCCCCCUGGGGAUCUCGCUGGCCAGCACCGCAUAGGACCCACAGGUCCUCCUCCCCCCUGGGGAGCUCGCUGGCCAGCACCGCACAGGACCCACCGGUCCUCCUCCCCCCUGGGGAGCUCGCUGGCCAGCACCGCACAGGACCCACCGGUCCUUCUCCCCCCUGGGGAGCUCGCUGGCCAGCACCGCACAGGACCCACCGGUCCUCCUCCCCCCUGGGGAGCUCGCUGGCCAGCACCGCACAGGACCCACCGGUCCUCCUCCCCCCUGGGGAGCUCGCUGGCCAGCACCGCACGGGAGCGCAUGGGGUUGUGCCAAUUGUUUGCCGCAGUCUUUCUUCGCCGAUGGUCUCUCAUGGCGACCCAAAGCUAUGGUAG